AACAAAUAGCCAACCAAUUAGACUUUGACAAAAUGCGCAGAACCAAGAAUCGAGAUUUGACAUUACACAUUCAAUAGUGUCGAUGUUUUUAAAAUUUUAAUCUUUUUAUCUUUAAAUUUUGGUUUCCAACUGAUCUGUAAAUACUAUUGUGAAACUUGCUGAAAAAUAUUGUAACAAAGUCUUGUGUUGUAUUUUUCCCCUCACAUUCCGACGAUUACAUUUGAAUGUUGUAGUCAUUGAGUCCCAUUUUUUAUCAUCAUAUUAUCUCCCUUAUUAUUAUAAAUAAUGGCAGAGGAACCAAAAUCUGUUAACGAGGAAGAUUUAAGGCAGGUAAAGGAAAGAAUGAAAUUAAUUGUGGAAGCAGAUCCAGCUCAAUACCACAACGACUAUUCAUUGAAGAGAUAUCUGAGAGCGUUUAAAACAGUCGACAGUGCAUUUCAGGCCAUAUUAAAAACAAACAAAUGGAGAGUUGAUUAUGGUGUAAAUGAGUUACAUGACAAUAAAGAACUAAUAGAAAAGUAUAAAGACAAAGCUAGAGUUCUAAGACACAGAGAUAUUGCUGGAAGACCAAUUGUGUACAUCCCAGCAAAAAACCAUAGCUCGAGUGACAGAAAUAUUGAUGAACUUACAAAAUUCAUAGUAUAUUGUUUGGAAGAUGCUAGUAAGAGGUGUUUUGAGGAGGUGGUGGAUAAUUUGUGCAUUGUUUUUGACUUGAAUAAUUUUACGUUAUCUUGCAUGGAUUACCAAGUUCUUAAAAACUUAAUAUGGCUGCUGAGCAGACAUUAUCCAGAAAGGCUUGGAAUCUGCCUCAUUAUUAAUGCUCCAGCAUUUUUUUCUGGUUGUUGGGCAGUCAUAAAAGGAUGGCUGGAUGAAAAUACUGCAAGAAAAGUGACUUUUGUCAACUCUGAAAUGGAACUAUGUCAAUAUCUUAUACCAGACAUCCUUCCCACCGAUAUUUAAUAGAGGUACUAUUUAUCUAAUUUACCUUACCUUAUUUUACUGUAAAUGUAGCUUAGCCCUAUUAUGCCUUUCAACUUGUGUGUUGGGAUGCAUCAUAAACUAAAUAGUAACAUCAAUUUCAGCUAUUAUUGCUGUUCAUACCAACUAUACCUAAUAUUUGCUUUGAGUCAAUGGAUUUUGUUUGUAAAAACUGAAUAUGUUAAUAAUAACAUAAUAAGUACCACCAUAAAAGCAAAGCUAAUGUAUGCUUAUUAUGACUGUUUGUUUUCUUUAUUGGAAAUAAAAUCAAAUAACCAUUUUGCAAGCCUAAUAGGAUCUAGUCAUUACAAAAAUAAUUUUCUACCUUAAUGUUUCGUUUGACAACAGUUUAUGUUAAGUAAAAUAUUAAAAAUUGCAAUUUAGUAUGUUAAAAAACUUAAGUAUAAGUAUAUAGUAAGAACGAUAAUGUAUAUUAUGUCAGUCAAAAUUUACUUUAACAUUUGAAUGUACAUUAAAAAGAUUUCAAUCUAGUUCAUAUUUAUUAUAUUUACUAUGAUUUGUAUAGGUUGUAAAUAAAUAAUACUUUGCAUACUGUUGCAAUUCUAUUAUCAAGCAACAAAUAUAAUGUAUUUACUUAGUAAUGUUAGUAUGAAUAUUUUAUUAUCAUUCCUCACACAAAAUCUAUGUACUUGAUGUUAUGAUUUAAUUAUAAACUAUUUAACAGAUAAACUAGGCAACAUAUUUGUAUGCAUUUAUUUGUAAAAUAAGUACUUUAUUGUAUUUAAAUUCCUAUCAUUUAUUAUUUCCGUUUUUAAGUCACACCAGGACAAAAAAACUGUAUUUGUGAACAUAUGCAAUAAUAACAGGUUAAUACAAGCAAUUAAUGCAGACUUUCACAUUAAAAAUUUUACUUUAAUUUUACCAGUGGCGUGAAAUCAU